GGUUGCUACUAAUUUCUUUGCCAUCAAGCAAUAAUUUUUGAAUACACUGCAAACUUUAACACCAAACCUGCAGAACGCAAGGAAGGCUAGGCUAGUCACUUUAAUUUCAGGCGUCUUACUUAUUUAAGCUUAAACCAGGGUUGAUUUCGCCACUAAAAGUCUAAAACUAUGAGGCGGUUAUAAGUAGUACAGUGAACAAAAAUUACAGAAACGCAAAUCAAAAAUUAAUUUGUUACUUAGAAACAAACACAGAAUGAAAGAAAAGAAGACUUUUACGCUUGAAGUUUAUGAGCAUUUCCUUGAAAAUCCUAAUAGUGAUUCUUCCUUCAGCAUAGAUCAGCUCAAUGAGGUAAUUUUUCUGCACGGAUUCAAGAAAAUACACAAGCGUCACAAGAGUGUAUUGUACGACGCAUUGAGCACCAUUGAUUUGAUAAAGCUACAGCGCUCCACACUCGAGGACAAUUUCCACCCGUACGAUUAUUCUCCACUCGUCUCCGUUGAUCAGGUUAAGCAAGAUUUGGAUGCUCUGAGUAUGCAGGAAUGUCCCAUUCAAUCAAUCGAGACCGUAGCUGAUCAACAUCUGCUGUGCUCUCACUCUGAAUCCAACGGCGGAGAUUGUUUAGACGGCGGCGGCGGUGGUACUGCAGGUGUCGGAUUUGUGUCGUCUUUUAAAAUCAGCCGCAAACGGCGGAGGAAGAAGAAGACAGUGAGCAGUAUUGUGGACGGUCAGGAUCAGGAUGGUGAGCUUGAACGUCGUGUGUCUGCUUACGUGGAGUCGGUUGGCGCGUACGACGGAGCUGCUGCUGGUCCAGUUGGAGGGGACGGUACCUCUCUGUUUGUAGAUACGUACAGCUGGGAAGUGUGAUUAAUUUGUGCUCAUAAUUUUUCAGAUUUGGCCUGGGUUUUGUUGACUGAAUGUUUUGUUCUUUGCUUUAGGAUUAACAGUUUUUUUGUUGUUACUUGACGUGAUUUUGCUAUGUGCCCUUCAUAUCUGUCCCACUUGUUGCUUGUUGGCACUGUGACUGCCCAUGACACGAAAGGGUGUAAAUGAGAGAGAUAGUUACUCAAGAUCAGACUCUAUUUUUGAAUCUUAUUUGAGUUGGAACUUAA